AUGCAAGUAUCUAGAAAGACACAGAAAAGGCAAUUGGAGAAGGAGAACUCAUUGCCACGGAAACGGGCGCGCCAAAGCUGUGAGGCUUGCAAGGCCCGCAAAACAAAGUGUGUCGGGGUCGAGAAUGGGGACUGCGAGUAUUGCAAAUCGCUUAAUUUAACAUGCGAGCUAAACCUCAAAAGUCGAAAACGACCGUUCUACAGAGUAUCCGAGGAAAGCUACGAGUAUUUGAUCAAGCUGCUGCGACGAUUUGUUUCCGAAGAGGAUCUACCAGAGCUCACAGUCGAAAGCAUAAGCUGUUACCUAGAGCAAAUGAAUAGUGACCCUUCUCUGCACAUCUCACCUGAUGAUCGUGGUGUUGACACAGGCCCCAUCCACGCUGUCUCAGCUUCGAAUCCUCAUGACGAUCCGCAAGAGCUGACGGUGCCAAACGAUAAUUCACUCUUUCAAGAAGAAUUGGGAUGUAUGACGCUGGAUUCAUUAGGAAAAUACCGAUAUGUCGGCGCAAACUGGUCACUCCGAUGGUAUCAUGCUACACGUCUGAUCAGUGAGCGCGCCGUGGCUUCAGACCCACGCGUCGUUGUUCCAUUGAAAACUGGCUUGCUUCCACCAACCACACCUGAAUGUGUCGCUAGUCAACACCGAGUCGAGCACUACCUGCCUUGUCAUCGGCUAUGUAUGGAGUACACUGCCCGAUUUUUUGCACAGGCCCAUUCAAUGCAUUGUUUCUAUUCGCUGGAACAAUUUUACACGUUGCUUGACCACACUUUGGAAAAUCGGGGAAGAACCUCGAGUUAUUCUUGGCUAUGCUCGCUUUACUCUAUUUUCGCGAUCGGAUCAAUACGACCAAAAAGCACGCCAACAACACCCGAUAAAAACCUUCCUGACGAUGUUACAACCCCGGCUGGUUACCUUGCCCUAGCGAGGGAACUAGUCCCCCGUGCGGCAGAGGAAGCCGAUAUUGAGAGCGUUAGAGCAUUUGCAUUGCUGAGCCUAGCGAUGCAUUCAAACUGUUAUAGCCUGGAGGCAUAUCUGUACGUCGGUACAGCGGCACGUAUAGGGUUCUCGCUCGGGUUGCACCGCAAUAUAUUUCCGAAGACUCUAUCAACUGUCGAUCGAGAGCGAUACCGGCGAGUCUGGUGGACAGUAUACAUCCUGGAUCACGAGAUGGCAAAUCGGUUUGGCUACCCCUGCGCUAUUUCCGACGAUCUCGGUUUUAUAACGACAGGUCCCGCGUCAGAGCAAAUUUUGGAUCCAUCUCCCAACAUGCCACAGGGCUUCCAGGCACUCUCGGUCGGUCUCGUUCAGCUCCAAAAAAAAAUUAACAUAGAGUGUUUCUUUGGGCUAUGUAAUGGUGGUGGUCGGCUGCCUAUCAGCUUGAUUACCCAGAGUCUAACGACGCUGAGGAAUUGGUUGGACAAGGUACCUCAUCAUCUGCGUUGGGGUUGCGCUGCACCACCACAACAUUUGCGAUCAAUUGCGGUUCUUCACUUACGGUACUGGUCGUUAGUGAUCUCAAUCUCACGUCCGUUUUUAUUGCUUUCGGUAUCAAAAGCCGGGGAAAUUGACUCCAUCAUCAAGCUGAAGUGUGUUGAUCGACUUAGCAACGCCUGUAUUGAAGCGGCAGAGAUGUCGAUUGAUAUUUUGCAGCGUAUGAAAACGAUGGAAAUAUUGUCUAGCUUGACAUUGAACGACUGUCAUUGUGCAGGGGACGCGAUGUGCGUUCUCAUGCUAGCCCUUCGGAAGGCUCAAAGUACCAAACAUCAAGAUAUGCUGCGGACCUGCCUCGGAACCGUGGCGAGCAUGGAAAAAGUCGGGUGGUGUGAGAGGAUUGUGCCUGAUAUACAAGCGCGUGUAUAUGAGAGCGGCGUGUUGGACUUGGAGGGCCCAACAGGGAUCCAAGAGCAAAAUAUGAUAUCUCAUGAACCAGAGAGCUCGGAAAAUAUGGAGUUUGAUUUUGAUGUCUCCCAAUGGGAUUUGUUCCAGCCCCCAGGUCCCGAUUCCUUUGCCCAAUUGAUGAAUACUUUCCCCGAUGCUAUAUUUGCAGCUGGCAUGGAGAACUUGUUCUGA